AUGGGCAACACAGCCUUGACCCCUUUGGUCCACCAGUACUGGGACCAGAAUCAGGACCCAGUCUUCUCAACGGCUGGGUAUGAGGUCAAAUUUAAGGACCUCAAGACUCUCCACAGAGCUGCCUACGAGGGCGACCUCUACGACAUGAUGGACCUGGUCCAUCUGAAAAGAAAUAAGUUAAAUGCAUAUGACAAGAAGAAGAGGAGUGCUUUGCAUUUGGCUUGCGUAAGAGGCUAUGCCAAGGUGUCCACUAUGUUGAUCGACAAGGACUGCGAUCUGAACAUCAGAGAUGCUGAAGAGAGGACACCUCUGAUAAAGGCCGUGCAAUGCGAGAGACGGCAGUGCGUCACUCUCCUCUUAGAACGUGGCGCAGAUCCCAACAUUACGGAUAUCCACGGUAACUGCGCUCUCCACUAUGCUGCCCACAGCGGCAAUGUAGAGAUUGCAACAAAACUCCUUGAACAUGGUGCCGCUACAGAGAUAAUGAACAAGAAAGACACCACACCACUCUUCCUUGCUCUGAAGGAAACCCAUUCAGAUGUGGCGGAACUUUUAAUUAAGCAUAAGGCAAAUAUACAUCUAGUUGAUGGAUGUAGGAGAACAGCGCUCAUGCUUGCUGUACUUUGUAAUUCGGAAAGCUUAGUGGAUCUUCUUUUGGAGCAGAAUAUUAAUGUCUUUGCGGAAGAUUUAUUGGACGGACUAUAG